AGAUCACACCGGGAAAACGGAGAGAGGAAAGAAAAUUAGAGAGAGAGAGAGAGGGGAAGGAAACACCGCAGCCCCUCCGUCCGUUUGCUUGUUGUUUUUUUGGGGGGCAUUAAUUUUCUCUUAACGCAGACUUGCGGACUAACAUGGGGCGAAGAGAGAGCUCCUGACGCGGAUUGACUUUCAGUGAACCUCUGCUCUGUGGCUCAUAGACAGGGAGGAAAAAAGGCGACAGGGAAGACAUGUUGAGGGGGUUUUCGUCUUGAGGUUGCGGUAGGAUGUUGAUGUUGUGCUCCUAAAGAAAAAAAAGCCGACGGCUCCUCGUGGAAACAAAAAAACGAGGGCAAAUGGAAAUUGGGCGGUAGGUUAUGCUCAGGAGCCAUUGUGUUGAUCGGUGCUUAUUUAAUUGGUUUGUUAUGAUCUGAAAUAACGUAGGCCUCUUAGGCAGCCCCGCAGUAAAUAAAUACACGGUCAGCAAACGGGGGCUACAAAUUCACCCGACAAACCUGCUUGUGUUUUAGGGGACAUUUGUGUGAAUUGAGCCGCUGUGUUUUAUUAGAUAAAAGAGGCGUUUAUGAGCUGUUUGUUUUUUAACAACCGCGGUGGUUACAUUUCUGAAACCAGGGAGCCAAAACAUCUCCAGAUAACUCUUCAGGGGGCUCAUACAAAGGCCCAGUACAAAACACAGUCUUUGCAGCAUUUAAAGACUGUUUUAACUGCAGAGGAAACCCGUCCACAGGCUGGCUGUAAGCACAAAGGUGCACACGAGUAGGUAGUCUUAUUUCCACCUCAAGACAGGGGACAAAAGAAGAUUUUUAAAUGUUAAUGUCGACCGACGUUGCAUCCAUCAUGCUGCCUGUGUCCCGGGGUCUCAUGGACCGGGAUAGAGAGCUGGACACCAUGGCUGGGGUGCAUCCCAACGCGGGCGGCGCUUCUGCGGCUGUCCGGGGCAUGAAGCGCGGAGACCCGGAGCCCGACGGACAGACAGCGGCUACUCUGGUGGACUCCACCGGCGCUGAGUGCAAGCGUCCCCGGAUCGACGGAUCAGGAGGGAUCGGCGAGGUUGGGCAGAACAACGACCCUUUGACCCUUGGUUAUCAUGGCUACCCGUCUCAUAGUCAGGGCUCUCAGGAUAGUGCUGGCGGUCAGGAGGGACUCGUACCUCCACCUUUCUCCGCAUUCCCUCCACCUCCGCCGCCGCCCCCCCAAAACGGCCUGGCCCUGGAUUACGGGGGCAGCCUGUAUGCAGCAGGGGCCGUCCAGGGCCCCGUGGAAGCCGGCGGAGCAGCGAACAGCGCCGCCAACGCUGCCAACAGCCUCAGUGUCCAACAGUCAGAUGGGUCCUCCCAGAUUGACGGCCAGUCGGUCGUCGGCUCAGGAGGAGGCGGAGGGAACGUCGGGGAUGACUCAGACUCCAAGGGGACCCCCAAACGCCUCCACGUGUCCAACAUCCCCUUCCGUUUCCGAGACCCAGACCUACGGCAGAUGUUUGGGCAAUUUGGGAAAAUCCUCGACGUGGAGAUCAUUUUCAACGAGAGGGGAUCCAAGGGUUUCGGUUUUGUAACAUUCGAGACGAGUGCGGAUGCAGAGAGAGCCAGAGAGAAGCUCCACGGUACGCUGGUGGAAGGACGUAAAAUCGAGGUGAAUAAUGCCACAGCCAGAGUGAUGACAAACAAGAAGAUGACCACUCCUUACUCAAACGGAGAGGGCCUCGCGACGCUGCCAUACGCUGGAUGGAAGUUGAGUCCCAUGGUCGGAGCCAUGUACAGCCCUGAACUCUACACAGUACCGGGCUUUCCGUACCCAGCAGCAGCAGCAGCUGCCUCCACCGCCGCGACCUUUCGAGGCGCUCAUCUGCGGGGUCGAGCCCGGCCCGUCUACAGCGCGGUCAGGGCAGCUGUGCCACAACCUGCCAUCCCUACCUACCCGGGUGUGAUGGCCUAUCAGGAUGGCUUUUACGGUGCAGCUGAUCUCUAUGGCGGAUAUGCAGCGUAUCGUUACGCACAGCCAGCUGCGGUAGCGACUCCUGCAGCAGCGGCGGCUGCAGCAGCAGCUUACAGUGACAGCUACGGACGAGUUUACACGGCAGACCCCUACCAUGCUGCGCUCGCUCCGGCUGCUUACGGUGUUGGAGCUAUGGCCACACUGUACAGGGGAGGCUACAGUAGAUUUGCCCCUUACUAAAGACACUACAUUUCCCAGGAGCUCCUCUCUUCCAUUGAAUUACUCUGAAAGAGCUCCCUCUGUUGUCGUGGAGGUGGACUGCACCCAGUUUUAAAGCGUGGAGUCGACCACAACAAAGAUAUCUCAGAUCCCACCCCAAAGCAGUCCCACUUUUCUUAUAUACGCUACUACAGAAAUAGAGGAAUGCUGUAUUAAAGACUGACGGAUGGCCUUUACAUUAAAAAAAAAAGAAAACAGAAGAAAAAAAAGACUUAAAAUGGCCACCUUCCCUAUUGCACGGCUGUAUUUUAGUCCCCCCUUCUUAAUCCCUCGGCACUCAGCAGCACAAGACUCGUGAUGGAGCCCAGAUGUUCUUCCAAAGGCUGUGUGUGGAUAACUGACAUUUAAACAGCUGUCAACCAUGUGUGUGAAAGCGCUGUGUGGCCCGCACACACUCAACACUUGAGGAAAAAGAGAGGGAAUCUAAAGUGUCCGAGGAGCGGUAGGAAGCAGGAAGUGCUCUCAGAAAGAGCACCUAAAAAACCUUUUGAACCCGAACGACGAGUCACUAAAAUGAUAAAAACAAACACCCACCGAUGGAUUUUUAUAAUUCCUCCGUAACGUGGGCGGAUAGUCAUGAGAGGGGAUUUCCAUUCUUGCUGUGUUCUGGUAGAGGGAGACUGAACAUGGCGGCAUGGGGAGAUGAUGCGUGACGGUUUUUAACGCUACAGAAAUCACGUCCGAAAGCUGAAGGGAGGGAGGGUUAUUAGAGCUGUUCCUUACCUCAAGUUUUCUUAGUAUGUGGAAAUGGUGAACCUUUAAACUUAAAAUUGUUAUGAUAUGCAAAGAAAUUAGUUUAGAGAAAAAAAGUUACCAAAUUAUUAUUAUUAUUAUUAUUAUUAUUGUAAUGAUUCUCAUUAUUAUUCUUAUAAAACCAUUAUUUUGUUUGACUCAGCAGCCACUGCUGUUAGGGGACAUGUAGAUCCAAUAGUGAACCUUGGGGUUAAAUCCAGAAAAAUGAGCAUCUGUAAUACAAAUAUUCCACCUUUUUGACUAUAUGACACAACUACAAUCGCACAUUAUGCUUCUCAUGCACUGGAUUUCACUACACUCUGUGUGCAACCACCAGUGAAACACUACUAACAGAGUUCAACACUAAAAUGUUCUCCUCCUUUUAGAUCCGAUAAACAAAAUCAUCCACCCACAACCCUGAGGUUCAGGUAUUUGUUGGUCCUUUAAUGUAGAGAUUUAUUAUUUGGAUUUUCCCCUCAUGCUCCAUCUUUUAUAGAGCAAAGUCCAACAUUGAAUGAGUCUUCCUUAAAAACAUACUUUUAGUCGGCAAACGUGUUCGAGAUGCUGCCAGCAGCGAUUUACUGAGCAAGAGAGAGAUUCUGUCGGCGAGUUAAUAGAAAAUAUUUAAAUGCAAAACACCUUACUAUUGUGCAUAUUUCUAUACCGUUGUAUUCUAUAUUUCCAAAACGUGGCUUUUUAUUUUGGCUUUUUGUUUUUGUUCCAAAGAUUUGUAGAAAGCACAUUUUUCUGCCGUAUGUAUAAAUAUAUUAUCUUUGUUAUUGUUAUAUAUCAUAAUCCUUGAUAAUCCUAUGGCUGUCUUUAUUUACAUUUUCUGUUUGUCUUUUUUUAAAAAUAUCUGUAAGUGUUGUUCCUUCUCCAGUAAGGUGCAAGUUGAAUUUCAAUUUUUUUAUUUUUAUGUUUUUUUUGCUUUGGAGUAAAGUUCUUGAGCUGAGAGCGUACCUGAGAAGUGACAAACUAAAGGUAUGCAUGUAACACUACCAAACUUUUGUCUUUUUGGUUAAAUAUUCAGCCAAUCCAGGCUGCUUUUUGUUUUGUUUUGUUUUUGUUUUGUUUUGGGUUGAUUAUAGGAUCUGUUGGCAUGACAUUUGGUUAUGUUUUAAAAUCUACAGGAACGGCUGUAUUUUUUUUUCUCUUUGUGUCCAUAUUUCAGACAUUUGGAAUGAAUGAACAUAGGCGUGUAGCACUUUGGUUAAAACCAACUGUGUUCUCUUUUUUUGUGUGUUUUUUUAAAGCAGAAUCCUUACAUUUCAGUGGUUAAAUCUGUCAGCUGGGCCAGCUUGGUCGCUCCAGGUUUGUUUGAAGAUAUCCAAUAAAAUGUCUGAAAGUGUUAUACAUACAUACAUAAGCAGGUUAAUAUUCCAACAUGGUGAAAAAUAAUAUGUCAUUGUGGGAUAUGAUCUAAUUUGUGUGCUAAAUGGGGGCGUUAUGUUUGUUUGUUUUUUUUUCCUAUUAACUAAUUUCAAAGCUACCAUUGUGUUUUCCAUUUCUCACAUUUGGAAAAACAGGUCAAUAAGAUGUUUUUUUUUCUAUUAAAUGUGCUGCUGUUUGAUUUUCUCAUGACAUUUAACAUUUCUUUUGUAAUAUCUCCAAAAUUACUAUAGAAUGUGCUCUGGGCAAAAAAAAAAAGAAAAAAGAAAAAAGAAACCUAGCCAAAGAUGCUAACUAACAGUCCCUAGCACGUUCUGGCUCUGAGAAGUGCUACACAAAAUACACAAAAAUGGACUUACGAAGCCACUGAAGGCAUGGACAAACCAGCAUGAGCGAUACUUGUCAAGUUAAAACGAAAAAAAGAAGAAAAAAAAGUUUUGCAUGAAUCUUGUGUCUUUCAUAUUUGACUCCUGAGCAGCCGAGCCCAGUUGCGUUCUUCUUUACCACUAAACUCUCUGGAGAAUGACAGGCAGCUAGCAGUUUGAAGCUAGCUAACACUACAAAGAGCACAGUGCUGUUUGGCAAAAAGGCCGACCGACAAACAAAAUGGUUGCCGCACAAAAUAACAAGUGGCAGCGUCAUUUUCCUGUCGUGGUUUUCUUGCUGCUGUAUUAUAGUAAACUAUGUGGCCAUUCUUCAUAGUUGCUAUGGUUUCUCAAUGAACAGUCCCCUCCCUCUGUCAUGUCUAUAUCCCCCUUGACUGCCAUUAUGGAUUUUUUUUGUUUGUUUUUUUUGUUAUUGAAUGUCCAUAUAAAA